AAAGGAUAUUCGUUCUCGCAGAGCCUCUUCCUCUCUUUCGUAUCCUCUUCUGCUCCAUAAGCGACGGAGACGAUUUCUUCUGUGAUGCCGCAGUUUAUCGUUACCACCAAUCACCACCGUCCUCCUCCGCUGACUACCAACACAACAUGCUGCUCUUUGUCGACUUUCGUACCAUCGUUACCGAGAUCGAUUAGAUUUCCAGCGGCGAAAUUCGGUUAUACGUUGACGUUUUCGCCACACGGGAGUACAACUACUAGUAGAAAUAAGGUGGUUAUAUGUAUGGCGAAGGAGAGGAGGGUGAAAAUGGUGGCGAAACAGAUACAGAGAGAGCUAUCUGAUAUGUUGCUCACCGACCAGGUUUUACAGUACGCUAUUCUCCCCGAAGCUGCCCUCGGUGCUGACCGGUAUCUAUCAUCUCUUACUACCAUCAGUGAUGUUGAAGUAUCAUCCGAUUUACAGGUGGUUAAGGUAUAUGUAUCUGUUUUUGGUGAUGAAAGAGGAAAAGAGGUUGCCAUUUCUGGGUUGAAGUCAAAAGCAAAAUACGUACGUGGUCAAUUGGGUAAGCGUAUGAAAUUACGACUUACCCCUGAGAUACGUUUUAUUGAAGAUGAAUCUAUAGAGAGAGGAAGCAGGGUGAUUGCUAUAUUAGAUAAGAUAAAGGGUGAGAAGAAGACCACACAGGAUCCAACAGUUGACCAAGAUGAGUCAACCGAUCCAAAUUAUGACAAUAAAGAAUGGGAGGAUGAUGAUGAUGACAUCAUCUAUGUGAAGUAGUCUUUAGAUUAAAACUUGUUUGACUUUAUGCAUGCUUCUUUUCCCCAAGGUAAUUUAAGUUUGGAUGUCUUUUUAAGGAAGCUCAUGGAUUAAGGAGCCACUGCAUUGCAUUGGUAUGUAAAUAACUUUUGAGAAAGAAGAAGGGGGGGAGGGUAGCAAAGAUGGUUUGGGUUUUAUUUUCAUAUGAUACGUUGUUACUUAGGUACUCAUUAUCAUUUGAUUUGUAGUGAAAAGCAAUACUUGCUCCACAGCAUUAUCAUUUGUAUCGAGUCAUGUUAUGGGGUUCAACUUGAACAAAUCCGGUUUGGCUAGAAUUUGGUCAAAAAAAACAUGGUCGGUCUUGUCCAAUUUUUUUAGAUGAAUGUUAGUAGCUGAAAUAUUAUUGGGUU